AAAAAAUCAUUCACAAUAUUCUUUUCUUUCGUUUCUUCGUAAAUGUUUGACUUUUUCUGAGUUGGUUAAAGAAAAACCUAACAAAACAUGGCAGCAGUUGCGGGUUUAAAGGAAGGAACCGCAGAGGAUCCCACUGCUGAGGUUAUAGUUAUUCCAGACCGCGAAGAUGACAUCUGCGAACUGGAGCACUUGCGUAAGCUCUUCAUCGGCGGCCUGGCUCCCUACACCACAGAGGAGGGCCUGAAGGUGUUCUACGGCCAGUGGGGCAAAGUCGUCGAUGUUGUGGUGAUGCGCGAUGCAACCACCAAACGCUCCCGGGGCUUCGGCUUCAUCACCUACACAAAGUCCCUCAUGGUAGACAAGGCACAGGAGAACCGCCCCCAUGUCAUCGACGGCAAAACUGUGGAGGCAAAGCGGGCUUUGCCGCGCCCAGAACGUGAGUCACGCGAGACCAACAUAUCAGUGAAGAAACUAUUUGUGGGCGGUCUGAAAGACAACCACGAUGAGGAUUGCUUGCGGGAGUACUUCAUGCAGUUUGGUAAUGUGGUCUCCGUCAAGCUGCUCACCGACAAGACCACCGGCAAACGUCGUGGAUUCGCCUUUAUCGAGUUUGACGACUACGAUGCAGUAGACAAAGCCAUACUCCAAAAACAGCAUUCUAUCAAAUAUGUACAUGUGGACGUUAAAAAGUCAAUUUACAACCUGGAAAAGAAAGGAGAGAAACAUCAGCCUGGAGCUCCACCAAACGGCACAAAGCCUCCAAUGAAUCAGUACCAACACCCGCCUCCGCCGCCUCAAAACGGAAAUAUGCCGCCUGCCGGCUAUCGUCCACCUGGACCGCCCCCUCCUUCGCCAAUGGCACCGUACCAGCAGCAACCCCCUCCACCUCCGAUGAAUGCUCCUCCGCCGAACUACAACUACUGGGGACCACCUCCGCCGCCAAUGCAGUCUUAUUACCAACAGCCCCCUCCACCGCAAAUGAACGCCUGGGGUGGUUAUCCACCGGCCCAGCCUCAAUGGCACCCCGGGCAGUGGGGAUGCCCGCCACCGGUGCAACAGGCUCCACCGCCAGCCGCAGCACCUCCGCCGAUGGACCACCACCGCAACGGACCCCCGCCGCCGGCGCCUGGAAACUGGAACAUGCCGCCGAAUGCGCCGCCACCGAUCCCGGGGGCACCACCGCCGCAGCCUGCACCGCCGCACCAGCAACCACCGCCGCCUAACUUCGGCACCGGUUACCAGCAAAACUACGGAGGCGGCCCGACCAAGCACAACAUGGGAGCAAAUCGCAUGAAUCCCUAUGCUGCAACGCCACCCAAUCCCUAUCGUAAGUUUAGGAUUGUGUUUAGGCUUUGAAGUUUCUUAUUCGAUUUGGAAUAUUUUAGAUAACCCUCAACCUCCAGCACCACCCUACGCUCCGUACAAUGUAGCUGCUCCGCCUCCGAACGGAACUAGUCACAAGCCUAUCGCCAAUGGAUCCGUGCCCACCGGAGGCAGUAGCAAGUACCGCCGGUAGAUUUGGUGAGUAACAGCCGCUAGUCAGAGCACAACCCGUCCCCGCCAUUAGUCGUUCGUUUUAAUGUGGCAUAUAAGAUAUAAGAUAAUCCCAAAAUACGUCUUGCCACUCUCCCAUGAAUUGAAAGAAUCGCACUACGUCUAAAGACCCCCCUAUUGUAUUGUAUUUACUAAUAUGUACAAUUUUCUCUGAUUUAGAUGCCUCACAAUUCAAGAUACUGUUAAAUAAGCUUGUUGAUAAGAUAGGCUCCACUCGCUUAGAGUUACUAUCAGGACAUUUUCGCAUUGUCUCUCUCUCUUUGUAUCAUAGGCAUGAAACUAGAGAUUUAAUUAAGAUAUACCAUGGAUUUAACUACAAUUGACCUAAGCUAAGCCGAAGACUAUAUGCAUUAAUAUUUAAAACAAAAAAAAAGUAUUCGAAUUACCUAGCUGCAAGUUAGCUAUUUCAACGUUUGUCUUAUUUUUGACUAUUUCUGUAUCCUUACGAAUCGUAGAAUAAACCCAAAUACGAUAUGAAUAUAACCUAGGCUCUCUAACCCAAUCCAAGUCUCUUUGUUAUUAAAUCUAAAAAUGCAAAAGAAAUUAAAUUAAGAAUUAAUGGUGAACUAUACAAGUACUACGUGAGCUUAGUGUCGAAAAUAUGUCUCUUACUAACAAAACCCAUUAAACCUGAAAAUUCGUCCAAAAACAAGACAAAUAUAAAUUUCAAUAAAAGACAUGGAAGCUGUUUGGACCGGAUAUCAAAUCUUAGAAAAGCGACACGGAUAUCCAAAACUAUUGUCAAUUGUACAAGGAUCAAGAGGGAUACCUACAAUAUACAAGAAUCUGCAAUGCGAUGUACUAUUUUGUAAAGUUGUAAAAGGUUUCUACUGUGGCCCUGAUGCCACAAUGCUUGUUUCAAAAUAUUCUUAAUCUUUGGUUUUUAGUUCUUUGAAGAACAGCAAUUGCUUAUUUUUAUAUGUGAAACAUGUAACUAUGAGAAGGAAUAUCACUAAGAAACUAUAUAUGUAUAUUUUAAUAUUGUUUUCACGCUACGAAUGCAAAACUUCAAAUUAAGUUUAGAUCUACUGUUUACCUACAUAGAUGUACAAUUAAUUUUCUCUUUUAAAUAAGAUUAGGUUCUACAUAAUAGCACAUGCCGAUGGCUUUAAUUGAAUUAUGAACUAAAACAGAGGCUCAGGUCACUAUUUGCCAGCUUUAUUUAGAGCUUCUUCAAAAUUAUUUGACUUCAAACUCUAUUCACUUAACCAAACUAUAUGACAAAGCGUAUUUAUUUAAAAUAAAUGAAAUUUUCAAAAAUAAA